AUGGUGCGUACUCGAGCUACAAGUUCUGCAACCAAUUCUGAUGAUCCUUCCAGAGUUGACGUUUCCACGGCUCCUCCACCAUCGAAUACUUCCGCUGACAACCCAUUUCGAACGAACACUCUUCCUUCUCCUGCUGUUCAUCGUCCUCUUCCAGUCGAAAGACCAGCAUACGAAGACGUUCGAUCACCCUAUUAUCUCAGUACAGCAGACCAUCCUGGUCUGGUCUUGGUUACAUCUGUUCUCACAGACAAGAACUUCCAACCAUGGAAAAGGGACUUCAAACUCUCCAUUGGAGCAAGAAACAAAAAUCCUUUUCUUGAAGGUACUCUUCCUCAACCCCCUUCCCAUGAUUCUCUCUUUGAUUCUUGGAAUAGAUGCAAUCAACUUGUCAUGUCUUGGAUCUUGCAUUCGGUUUCACCCGAAAUAAAAAGCAGCAUCAUGUACUUAGAUACUGCAUCUGAGAUGUGGACCGUGUUAAACAAUCGGUUUAACCAAGGCAAUGGUCCACGGAUCUUUGAAUUAAACGAAACACUAACAUACCUCAAUCAAGGGGAUGACUCCGUUAGUGCAUACUUCACUAAACUCACAGCCAUCAGGGACGAAAUUAAUCAAUUAAGACCCUGCAUUCCUUGCACAUGUUCUACUGCUGCCCAAAGAUUAGAUCAUCAAAACCAUGACCAUGUUCUUCAAUUCCUUAAGGGUCUCAAUGACUCAUAUCAUGCAGUUCGUGACCAAAUACUACUGCUUGAUCCAUGCCCCCCUUUAAACAAAGUCUUUUCUAUGGUAGUCAACCAAGAAAGACAAAGAACCUUGGGUCAUAGAUCUUUUCCUUCCAUGGCUGCUGCAACAUCCAGCAAUUCCCAAGACAAUGCUCCUGCAGCUAAUGCAGCUUCCAAAAACAAACGCCCUCGCCCUCAUUGCACCCACUGCCAAAAACCCGGUCACUACAGGGACAAAUGUUACUUCCUAGUUGGCUUCCCACCUGGCUAUGGCAAUCGCAAACCAAGUGACAACCCCCCUGUCAACACAAAGAAAUCUGACACUGGUAAUCACACCAGAAAUCCCCAAGCUUCACAUGUUUCAAGCACUGCUGAUGCAUCUACUCCUCAACUUACACUGCCCAAUGUCAACAAAUCAUCUCUAUGUUGA